CAGGUGUUUAAAAAUGGCGGCGGGAGUGGGCAUUGCGACAGAUAGAGUGCUGUUUUUAGGGCCUACGAUUCCCAAGGAAGUAAAAUGUCUGAAAAAGUUGCUGCCAAGCAUGGAGAAACAGCUUUACCGCGGCCUUCUGAAAGUUGCUGUCGCCGACUUCGAAGGCAGAGAAGUAAACCCGAGUGUUUACGAUGAAUUGCGAUCCCGUUCGGCUGACCCAGACACGUUGGAUGAGGUCUACAGUGCGCUGCACACACUGCUUCGGGCUGCUUUGAAGCUACCGUCUUCAGUAUUGAAGCAGGAGGCUUUUAGAGAAGACCUUGACGCACUGCGUAUCCCACCAGAAUUUGCAGGAGACUUGGUCAGUGUGGUCUUUGGGUCCAGAAGGGACAACAUUGACCAGCACAGUCUUGAACAAGGCCCUAAAUACCCGACACUUGCGAGCCUGAAAUGGAGAGUUGACGUUACCAUAUCAACAAAUGACCUGAGCAGGGUUCUCGAACCUGCCAUACAGAUGGAGAUGGAGACGUCUGACGGUGAAGUUCACACUUUCGAAGUUCAGAGAGCAGAGUUUCACAAGCUACGUCAUGCUGUUGCCACAGCAUUGAAAGAAAUGGAAGAGCUUGAAAAGAAGGUCGAAAAAAUGCCACUGCAUUUGCAGCAGUGAAAACUACAUUGUGGAGUAGAACUAAUAUUAUAAUAAAAGAUGUUUGUAAGAUGUCUA